AUGGAUAGCCCCAACAAUUUCUGCCGCCUUUGCGGGUCAGUGCUUCGAGGGAACCAUCGGCGAUGGCUGUUCAGUCGCAGUGGACGCAACACCCGCCCUGAUCUGCUGGUAGUGCUCUCGUACGUGCUCGGCCGAGAGGCUCCAUGUCGUGGCGAUGGGCGUGGGGAGUUCUUGUGUGGGAAAUGCACGCAGGCACUGAGCCGGGUAUACCGUUUUGAUACCGUCAUCACUCGGGUGCAAGCCCUGUCAAUUGACCGCCUUCAGCGCUUGCUCUCAGAAAAAGACCAGCUGGCCCGCUCCCUGCGCUACAUCCAUGCGCGGCGGUUCCCGGAUGACAGUGACUCGGUGUCUUACGCAGGGCAGGAGAUAUCGGCGAGUAUCGCAGACUUGCCACAUGUGCGUUACCAGCGCCUCCUUCAAGAUGACAUGGCCCUCUCUGAAUAUGAGUGCUGGGCCGGUGAUGCUGACAGCAGCCAGCUGGGCACGCCGUGCCGGAACCGCCAAUGCCGCAGUUGCCACGGGCUCCGAGUGGAGGACUCGGAUUAUGAGUGGGUGUGCCAGACACCAAGAAGGCUGGGUUUGUUGUCUCCUGGUUACCCCCUUUGCCGUGACAAGUCUCAGAGUAUGCCCACAGUACGCUACGCCGGAUCUCGGGUCUCCAUCCGGUCACAGAGUCUAGGGGAUGCAGAGUCGUGCUCGAUGCUAUCGUUGGAUACCUUGCCGGAGUCGGAUUUGAUUUGGGAGGCUCUGAGGGCCCUGAAGGACAUUAGAAGAAAGCCUCUCAGAGUGCCAGAGGGCAGCAAGAUCCCAGUGCUCAUAGGGAGGAGGCACGUGUCUACACCUCGGAGGGAGAGCCCUUCAGGACAAGAGGUGUAUGAAGAAAUGGAGGAUGAUUUUAUCCCGGUAGAGUCAAAGCUCCAAGCUCACCGAGCACUGUGCCAAGACCUCGGAGAUGCUUUUGGGAACCUGAAGGCCCGUCUGGAGGCAGCUGAGGAGGAGCUAAGAAGCUUUCGGGAGAACCGGGGAGAGGACUCGAGCCAGGAGGUUGGAACUCCCCCUAAGAAGGCCAUGAGUAGCCAGGAGCGGCUGAUCCAACAGCUGACAAGGAGUCUGCACAGCAAGGAAGGGGUGUUACAGGAUUGCCUGGUCCUCCUGCAGUCCCUGGGCUCCCCAGGGGGGCAGCCCUUCAUGUCGGAGGCCUUGGUGAAGCAGAUGGCCCAGCGCCUCAAGGAGAGAGACCAGGCUUUAGAGAAAACCCUUUCCAGUCACUUCUCGGUGCUGGAGUCUCAGCAGCGGGAGCUGCAGCACCUUCAGGAGGCGAUGAAGGAUAAAGACACGGACCUGGCGAGACUCAAUUCCGCCCUCCGCACAGGGGAGGAUACCCUGCAUGCUUUGCGUGAGGUGCUGCACCAGAAAGAUCAGGAGAUCCGACGCCUGGAAUCCCUCUGUGCCUCGACCCGUGAAUGCUGGCAGCAGCAUGACCAGACUUUACUCCUGACUUUGAAGGAGAAGGAAGCGUUAGUCACAGCCCUGCAGGGGGCACUGACCAGUAGCAAUAAGGAUGUGGAGGCCCUUGCAAAUUCCUUCACCAGCUCAGACUUUGCCCCAGGACUGCUCCAGCGAAUCCAGGAGAAGGAAGACUUGCUGGCCCAGGCCUUAGCUGACCAGGAACAGAUCCAAGCCCAGUGGCAGAGGCGCCUGCAGGUGGUGGAAGAGGCAGCUGCCAACAGGGAAAAGGAGCUGCAGGAACAGUUGUGUCGGCAUUCCCAGGAGGCCCGAGAACGGGCACAGGAGACUGAAAAGCUACGCAGGCUCCUGGCUGAGGCAGAGGCAGAACUGGCCAAGGGGGCCGCAGUGCUAGAAGACUGUCAGUCAGAACUGGCUCGACUUCACGCUGUGGGGGAUGAGAAGGAUUGUAUCCUGGAGAAAGUUCUGCGGGAGGCAGAGGAGAAGGACCGGAUUCUCCAGAAACUGCAGGGGUGCUGGUUGAAGAGGGUAGACCCAGGCACAAGCUUGGGAUGA